CGUUGAAUAGGCUAGUUUUUUGUUUUUCUUUUACAGGAAGUUGAAAAGAGAUGUCUGUCAAGAUGCCGGAGCCCAGUGGUUUAGUGGAUGGUAUGGGAAAGGUCCUCACACUGGAAGACCUUAUUGCGGCCAUUGACAGGCAUGAGAAGACGUCAAGCAAUGUCCCGAAGGUUGACACCUUCCAUUUCAGUGGAGGAAGGGUCUCAGAUUGGUUGGAUCUGGUGGAGCAAGCGUUAGUGGGGCUAUCAGAUCCAGUAAAGUUCCAGCGCAUCUUGAAGUAUGUGCUCCAUGGUCAUCAUCAAGAGGUAGAAAAUGUCAUAAAUGCAUCCAAUGGCAGUUGGGCAAGGUUUAGAGAUGGCAUGCAGCGCAAGUAUCGGUUGGGCGAUGGGUUGCUGACAACCGCGGACCUUGAAGCCAUGAAUAAGGAUGACUUCACUACGAUAGGGGCGUUUGUGCAAGAGUUCAAGAAAAGGGCGAGGAAAGCUCAUGGAAUCUCAGAAGAGCCGCAAUGUGUCAUCUUUCUAAGACUGCUUACCGCAUCAGAGGCCUCAGAAUUGACGAGCCAUGGAGGGGGAAGUGGGAAGCUUACCUGGGCCACUAUUGAUAAGGGAGCAGAGGAUGGGAGCCUGGAACAGGUAGAACGACCUCAGAUGCGUUUGCAGAGGAGGAAGAGAAAGGAAAGGGACGCCACUGCAUCUAGAACCCCAGGUGUAAAAAGGAUUGUUACUUACGUGCUUGCGGAACUGGGCUAUGACAAGGAUACCGAGGUGUAGAAAAAGAUGGUGACCGUAGUCCAAAGUGGGGGAACAAAGGUAGGGGAAGGAG